UUUGUAAAGAAAUAUUAAAAAAGAGGCAAACGGGAGGGGGAGGACACACAAAAAGGAGAGCAGAUUGCCCUGUCCAGAGAGUAUUUUCCAGAAAUCCUUGCAAACCUCUAGUACUUGCAACUCUCUAUUUUCCAUAAAUUCUCUCUUUCUUUUCUCUUCACUUCGUUCCCCGAUAAAAAAACAAAAAACAAACGAACAAACAUUUUCAUUUGCCACCACUCCACUGGAUACUUGUAACUAAUUUUACUUCAACUCUGUUUUUCAUAUUCUUUAUUCCUCUCUCUUUCUUCAUCUGGGUCGGAGAUGAGUCGAGCCAAGUUUUGCUCUUUUUAAUCAAUUACUAAUGGGUUUCCCCUUGUUGGUCGGUUUGAGUUUGAUUGUGGAUAUUUCUGUUAGUGAGGGAGACAGAUAGGGAUAGAGAGAGGGAGAGAGGAGGUGGGUGGGGAGGGAAGUAAAAAGGAGGAGGAAGAGAAAUGAGGAGGUUCUUGUGAAGGAGGCGUUCUGAUCUUUCCUUUUCGCUUUGAAUUCUCUUAUUACCUUUUAGCGUCACUCAAAGUUGAGAGGUUAGAGAAAGAAACCAAGAAAGUAAAAGCAAAGAGAAGAGAAGAGAGAGAUCCCACAAGGAAGCUAGUUUGUUGAUUUUUUGUUUGUGUCUGUAAAGGAACCUUUUUUUUUUUUUUUUUUUUUAUUUUAACUCUUCUUUUCUUCACCCUUGAAAAUGUGACUUUGUCCAUUUUGAAACCCUUCACACACCCCCAACUUCUCCCAUUUCCUUUCGCUUUCUCUCCUCCUCAUUCGUUUUUCCCAGAUAAAACACAACACGCAAUUCCACAAAACUCAACAAAACAAUUCAUUUCAAGGGACAACCUAGAUUUACUAUCAACUCCGGAACCGUAAUCGUUGUUUCGUGGCGUGGGAGAUGAGAGCAGGUUUGAGUACGAUCCAGCAGACCCUUACGCCCGAGGCCGCCAGCGUCCUUAAUCAUUCUAUAGCCGAAGCAGGGCGCCGCAACCAUGGCCAGACCACGCCCUUGCACGUGGCCGCCACCCUCCUUGCUUCUCCCACAGGUUUUCUUCGUCAGGCAUGCAUCAAAUCGCACCCCAAUUCAUCACAUCCCUUGCAGUGCAGAGCUCUCGAGCUCUGCUUCAGCGUCGCCCUUGAGCGCCUCCCCACCGCACAGAACACCAGCCCUGGCCUCGACCCCCCUAUCUCCAACGCCCUGAUGGCUGCCCUCAAGCGCGCUCAGGCUCACCAGCGUCGCGGCUGUCCAGAACAGCAGCAGCAGCCCCUCUUGGCCGUCAAGGUUGAGCUCGAACAGCUUAUUAUAUCCAUACUCGAUGACCCAAGUGUCAGUCGGGUCAUGCGCGAGGCCAGCUUCUCAAGCCCCGCGGUUAAGGCCACCAUUGAACAGUCCUUGAGCACUUCCAAUGCUGCAUCCGCCAACUCCUCUCCAAUUGGAUUAGGAUUCCGCUCAGUUCCCCCGCCUGCGAAUCGGAAUUUGUAUAUCAAUCCCCGGUUGCAGCAAGGUGGCGCUGCACAAAUUGGACAGCAGAGGAGCGAAGAAGUCAAGCGAGUAAUCGAUAUCCUACAAAGGACGAAAAAGAGGAAUCCUGUUCUGGUGGGUGAUUCAGAGCCAGAGCUUGUGAUGAAGGAGAUAUUAAGGAAAAUUGAGAGCAAGGAAUUAGGAGAUGGGCCGUUAAAGAAUGUGCAGGUAAUCCACUUGGAGAAGGAGCUUUCCCCAGAUAGGACGCAAAUGAUGGCGAAGAUUAAGGAAUUGGAGAGUUCGUUAGAGAGCCGGAUAGGGAAAUCGGACUGUGGAGGGGCGAUUCUUUAUUUGGGCGAUUUGAAGUGGCUUGUUGAACAGCAGGUGAGCUUUGGAGUAGCGGGUUGUGGUGGUUUGCAGCAAAACCACCAACAGGUCUUAUCUGAUACAGGGCGGGCGGCCGUGACGGAAAUGGGGAAGCUGCUAGUAAGGUUUGGAGAUGGUGGUGGUGGUGGUGGUGGGAGGCUUUGGUUGAUCGGAACUGCUACUUGUGAGACUUAUCUGAGAUGUCAAGUUUAUCAUCCAUCAAUGGAAAACGAUUGGGAUCUUCAGGCAGUUCCAAUUGCGCCCAGAGCGCCUCAGCCGGGAAUGUUUCCUAGAAUUGGAAGUGGGAUACUAAGCAGCUCAGUCGAGUCACUGUCACCAUUGAAAAACUUUCCAAGUGUAGCAACUGCUCCAUCUAGACGUGUCUCUGAGAACGUGGAUCCAUCUCGACGAAUGAGCUGUUGCUCACAGUGCACAAAUUACGAACAAGAACUGGCUAAAUUUGCAUCAAAGGAAUUUGAGAGAUCUUCUUCGGAACCCAAAUCAGAUGCAGGUCGGUCACAGCUGCCUCAGUGGUUGCAAAGUGCCAAAGCCAACAACGGGGAUGUCAAGACAGUUGAUCAGACACCGGAUCAAGAACUGAUGUGGAAGCAGAAGACCCAAGAAUUACAGAAGAAAUGGAACGAGACGUGCCUGCAUCUUCAUCCUAGUCAUCAUCAACCAAGUCUUGCCUCUAAUAGAGCUUCUCCUACGGUUCUGUCAAUGACAAACUCGUAUAACCCAAAUCUGGUUCCACGCCAACCUUUCCAACCAAAAUCCCAGCUGAAUAAAAACCUUGGUGCCACGCUACAAUUAAACUCGAACCUGUUAACCUGCCAACCAACAGAAAAGGUCAGUACCCCACCAGGAAGCCCUGUGAGAACAGACUUGGUUCUAGGGCGACCAAAGGUCGUUGAAUCCACCCCUGAGAAAAUCCAUAAAGAGCGGGUUAAGGACUUCUUAGGCUGCAUCCCUUCUGAAACACAAAAUAAAUUUGAUGUUUUACCGAGUGAGAAAGCUGCAUGCUUAUUAGAUGCUGACUCCUAUAAGAGGCUACUCAAAGGUCUGUCUGAGAAGGUCUCAUGGCAGCAGGAUGCAGCAUCUGCAGUGGCUGCUAUGGUGACUCAAUGCAGAUUGGGGAAUGGAAAAAGGCGGGGUGCUGCAUCCAAGGGUGAUAUUUGGAUAUUGUUUAUGGGUCCCGACAGGGUUGGCAAGAAGAAGAUGGCAUCCGCUUUAUCAGAGCUGGUAUGUGGGGCAAAUCCAACAAUUAUCAGUCUUGGCUCGAAGCGAGACGACGAGGAAUCUGAUUUGGGUUUUCGUGGUAAAACAGCAUUGGAUAGAAUCGCAGAGGCUGUUAGGAGAAACCCCUUUUCUGUAAUCAUGCUUGAGGACAUUGACGAAGCAAACAUGCUACUUCGUGGGAACAUAAAACGAGCAAUGGAGAGAGGUCGACUCACUGAUUCCCAUGGCCGUGAGAUCAGUCUUGGGAAUGUUAUAUUCAUUUUGACAGCAGACUGGAUGCCAGAUGAUAUGAAAUUACAAUCUAAUGGCAUUCCACUUGAUGAGAAGAAACUUGGCAGUGUAGUGAGUGGAGGUUGGCAAUUGAGACUAUCCCUUCGGGAGAAAACUGCAAAACGUCGUGCCAAUUGGCUACACGAUGAAGACAGAGCAAACAAGCCUAGGAAGGAGAAUGGAUUGGGGUUAUCAUUCGAUCUCAAUGAAGCUGCUGAUACAGAGUAUGAUAAAGCAGACGGAUCACGAAACUCAAGCGAUCUCACAAUUGAGCACGAAGAGGAACAUGGGCUCAAUAACAGGCUAUUAUCCCAUGCAAGUUCGUCUGUAUCCCGCGAGUUCCUAGGUUCUGUCGAUGAUGCUAUCGCAUUCAAGCCAGUGGAUUUUGGUCCCAUUAAACAAAACGUAGCAAACACCAUAACAAAAAGAUUCACCAUCAUCAUAGGUGACCGGCCAUCAAUGGAAAUAGAUGAUGAUGCUCUUGAGAAAAUUGCAGGCGGCGUGUGGGUAGGGAGAACAAGCUUAGAGGAGUGGAUGGAGAAAGUAGUGGGUCCAAGCUUUCACCAGCUUAAAUUAUCGAUACCCGCAAGAAUCCCAGAUGAGUGUAUAAUUGCUCGGCUUGAACCCGACAAUGAUUCUGAAAAUAGGAACUCUGGAGAUUUGCUGCCCGGUAGUAUCAAAGUGGUGGUUGGUCUGUAGGGUGGAAUAGCAGUAGCUAGCUCCAAGGUGAGGAAGAGAAAGAGGGGAUGCAAUUGGGAUAUUACUCAGUUGUGUUGGAUAGAGAUGUAAAUAUGGUCUCGAAUGCUUUUUGGCGGGGAGUGAAAACUACCAUUAAAGAAAGGUAAAAGGUAAAGAGUAAAAGUAUUAAAAAAAAAAAAAAAAAAAAAAAAAGAAAGAAGACAGUUGGAAGUAAGAGAGACGUUGAUAGAUUUAACGGUAACUUUUAUGGCCUGCCUGAAUCGACAAUUUAUCAACUCUCUCUACUCCUUCCUCCCCACCCUUUUUUUUCUUACUUUUAAUUUUUGGGUCAAAUUAUUUAAUUUCUUUUUUGCUAAAAGAGUCUAUAGUAUUAUAUUCUACCAUAGAUAUUUUAUUAAUUACAUGGGAAGGUGAUUAAUAAAAUUGAGGCAUUCCUCUUCUUA